CUUUGCAAAACAUUUUCCUAACACGUUGCUAAGGACAAAAGGAUUUGGUUCAAAGAGAACAUAUGUUGAAAAAUAUUUAAAGAAAUUUUGAAAAGAGUUGAAAAAAGAAAAUCAAAAAAAAUUAUUAAGGCCAUUAUGUAUAAGACCAUAAGGCACGGUGAGAAUAGUUUGCAAUAUACUAUACUGCCGCAAAACGAUGAUUUCCGGUUGGAGGGCAAAAUUAAGGCCAGCAGCGCCGGUUGCAGUGGUUCGGUUAUUAAGAAAAUUAAAGCUAAAAAGCCUAAAAAAAGAUCCUUUUUUGCCUAUUUGGGUUUGCUGUUUGUGUGCACGGUUAUCAUAGGUGCGGUGUUGGUGCCUUUUCUAGUCUCCGCCGAAUGUUUGCCCAAUCCCACGGAAUGGUUUCUAAAAACCAAAAAUGCUUUUAGCAAUAAACCUGUAGAACUCAAGGAGAAUGUGCCCACUCAUUUGAGUAGUCAAAAUAAUAUCUUGCUCAAUAAAGGCAAUUUGGCUUUAAAUGUGGGUAAACCGGUGAAAAUUAUCAAUAAAGAUGGUGUGGAAAAGUUUAUUUUGAAAGUAAAUAAAUCCCUUACCACAGAGGCAACCAAAAUUAUAAGCGACAACUCAGCUACUAAUAAAGACAUGGAAAAUUCCAGUAAAAUUCCCCCGGAAAGUGUUACCAAAAUGGUUAGCCCCGAAGUAAAUGAACAAAUCUCCAUAACCCAUUUAUCAGCAAAUGAGGCCAGUGUUAUACACACCACACAAUCCCCACUCAUUAAUGAAACUCCUGCUGCUGCUACCCUAAAAUCAUUACCACCUCUAACCACUUUAAGUGAUAAUGUAAUAGCUGCUACUGCUGCCACCACCACCACCAUCAUGACAGCUCUGCUAAAUCGUCCUUUAUCCUCAGCCUCUAUGCCCAAUGUACCAAGAGCUUCAUUGCAAUCGGCAUUAAAUCAAAAUCAAAACUCUAAUAGUUCUUCUACCCAACCCACCAUAACUACGCGUAUUAUGCAGGUGCCUCUUUUAAAGUCGACCGCCAAGAAACCAGCCAUACCACCAGUUUUAGUUAAAAAUCUCUCACCUAUACAACCUACUCCUGACACAAAUAAUCUAAAUGAUAUUCUACCCGCUAAAACCUUAGCAAACAAUUUAAAUGGCAAGGAAACAGUUAAUUCAGAUUGGAUCCAUUCACAUUGGCCCUACAUAGAUCCUUCCACAUAUUUUCAAUGGAAUGGCUAUAAAACUGAGGAUAGUGUUUUAUUGCCUGCCCUUUUGGGUUUCGCUUUAAUUGGUGUCAUUCUCAUAAUCACUGUCUGUUUGGUGGCACGCAAUAAGAGGACAAUAGUUACAUCGGUGAGGAAACGUAAUCGUAAUGACCUCGAAGAAACUGGCGCCGAGGAUAAUACCACCUUAUUAACCAACACCAAUUUAUCAGAUGAUGAUUAAGUUAAAGAGAUUUUUUUCCCCCCUCAAAAUAUCUCUUAAUAAAGCAAGU